GGGAGAGCCGGUCUUUCCUCCUGGCCUCUUUGCUAGACCAGGAGGUUAGAUGGGUGGAGGAACUGGCUGCAGCAGGUGGAGCAGCAUCUCAGUUCCAAGAAGUGUCUGUGCACACCAGAGCCAUGUCACUCCUGAAGACCUUCUUCUCGGGGCUCAGUCAGCCUGGCUCCCCUCUGGACCCCAACACUCAGUUGCACCCUGCAGGCACUGUGGGUCAAGCCACAACACAGCACAGCAACAACAGCAACAACGAAGACGGGCCAUCCAUUGGCUCUGUCAACCUGGAUGCCCCCACCAUUGACCUGGAUGACAGGAACCUCCGCAAGACCUUUGUCUGCAAGGUGUGCCUGUUGCUGGCCAUCCAGUUUCCUGUGACAGUAGCCCUUGCAGCUGUUCUUGUCGUUGUGGAAGAUGUGAAGGAAUUGGUGAAGACCUACAGCUUCAUCGGGAUUGUCCCUUAUGCUUUAGUCAUCAUCUGCUUCAUAGUCUUGGUCUGCUGUAAGACGAUCCGGCGGAAGCUCCCCUGGAACCUCCUGCUGCUGUCCAUUGCAACACUGAGCACGUCCUGUUGGUUGGGCUUCAGCAUUGACUUGCUCAGGACAGAAAACCUCCACUUUGCUCUAAUCAAGAUGGACACCAUCUUCAUUGCUCUGGGCGUCAGUGUCGUCAUCCACGUGGCUGUCAUAAUCUUUGCCAUAAAGAUCAGGUAUGACUUCACUCCCUCCUUGAAGGCGCUGGUUAUCUCCCUAAUCAUGAUAAUCAUGGUCAGCCUGCUAAUGGUUUUCAUGAACAACCACGUUCUGACCAUUGUCGGUUCCUUCCUCUCAAUGAUCCUCUUCCUUUGGGUAUUGGUUCUAAACACCCAGAUGAUCUGGGGGAAUAAGAAGAAGAGAGCCUUCAACCCUGACAACUAUGCCUUGGCAGCCUUCAUCGAGUACAUUGCCAUGAUCUUCAUUUUUGAUAACAUCAUGAUGAACAUUCACCUCUUGAGGCAUAUGUAGGCCCUCCCUCACUGCCCCCACUUUCCUCCAUGAUGCUUCCCCCAAGGUCCCACCUUCUAUGCCUGUCGUCUCCUCCUCCUCCAGCUUAGUGCUUUUCCUUCUCCGGUGCUGCUGGGGUUCAAGUUCUCCUAUUCCCCCUCUUGUGCUCUUCUGGAGAAGGCAACAUGAUAUGGGUUGGGAUAGCCAAUGGGACGACCCCAAGGGAAGGGAAGCAGGGAAAUUGUACUCUUUUCUUCACCUCUUCCUAGCAUGUCGGAAAUUGUCAAGCUCAUGAAGGAAAAUAGUUUAUCUGCCCUGAGUCUGCCUGGGGGUGGGGGAGCCACUAGACUCCUCUUUUUUUCCUCCCCCCACCAAAAAAUACAACAGCUAUUCUUGGGCUCUGAUCAUCCAGACACAUCUCCUUUGGCUGGGGGUGAGCUUCCCCACACUCUCCUUCACUCCCUUUCCUCCCCUACCCCAUUAUUAGGAGGUCCCUGCCCCAUCCCCUCUAACUCCCUGCUCCUGGGCCUUCUGUUCCAGCCCUAUUAAAGUGUGCGUGCCCUUGAGCACCUUUUUAUGAAUAUUGCCCCAAGUAUUUGGGGUGGCUCCUCCCCUCUAACUCUGGGGCAGGGGCUGGCCAGUUCCAGGCUGGCAUUGGGCAUGUGGGAUGCAGACUCCGUUGUACUGGGACUCCAACACUGCACAGUUGAUCACUUAAACUCAGUUCUGUGCUGUUUCCUGCCCCUUGAAGUCAGCUCAACAGUCUGGCCCACUGCCUUGCCUUUCCUCUCUCCCCUCCCCUCCCCUCCACCUUGGGGCUGGAUUUAGUGGGGCCUGAGUGGCUGCAUGUUCAACAACUACCUGGGCAAACUGCUUCACUACGUUCUAGAAAUUGGAUGUCCUAAUAAAAGUGAGAAUACGC